AUGGAUAACAACAAUAUCGAAUAUAAUUUGCAACUUAUUAGAAAGGGUGUCAAAAAUCCAAAUGACGGUCUUCUACAUAAAACAAUAAUAGCAAUCAACCAUUUCCAAAAUGACCCAAGUAUACUGAAACCCUAUUUAAAUGAAUUCAUAUCAAACAUUAAUAAAAGCUUUAUUUUGGCCAUAGAUGAUCCUAAUAUUCAAUUAUCUAAAAUACAUUUCAUUCAAUCGAAAUUUUUUUACAAUUUGACUAAAAUUUGCUCUAAUAAAAUUGUCAAUAAAUAUCUAUCAACUGAUAUAACUUAUUUAAAUUCAAUAAUAACUUUGUUAAAAACCGAUAUCCCAUGGGAAACACAGUUUUUUUUACUCUCCUGGUGUCGAAUCGUCAUUCUAUCUCCCUUUAAUAUUUCUACUGAUAAAUACAUUUGGCAGCUGACUUAUAAUUUUAAAUCAAAUCAAGUGUUAAACCACAUUGUGACACAGAUUCAUGCCAUUUUAUACCAAAAAAAUUACGCUCUUUUUUGUGAAAAGAUAGACAAUGAACUACUGCGUAAUAAUGAUCUCGAAACUUUAAAUUACUAUCUAAAGACUCAAUUAAUCGAGUCUACCAGUAAUUUUUUAAUCCAUGAUUCAAAUGAUAAUCUAAACAAAAUUACUCAAUUGUGUCUAAACGUGAACGUUAAGGAUCUGGAAAAUUCACAGUUAUUAAUUUUGAAAAUCUUACCGAAACUAUUUCUUUUACAAUGUUGGAAAGAGAAUUGGUCUAUUGUAACUGAUAUCAUGGAUUGGUAUUUCAAACAUUUAGAUACUAAUUACACUGAGGUAAGGUUUAUGCUAGCUCAUUCAUAUAGUAAACUUUUAAGAAGAAUGAUUAAUGAUUUCGAUGGGGAUACAGAGGCAAUCCGAUGUAUUGAGGAAAUAAUCCAUUCCAUAUUAACUCUAAUAACAUCGAUCCCAAUGGAUGUAAUAGAUAUAAAUAUGUUGCAUUCAUAUCUACUCAUAAUUGCAGAAUGCUCUAAGAUCAUUAUAAAAUUUCUACCUCAUAUGCUAUUAAUUAUUACCGGUGAAAUUUUACCGUUUGCAUAUAGAUUCCAACAAAUGCAUAUUGGGAAUGUCAUUAAAGGAUCACAAGUUAAAGAUGCAGCCAAUUUCAUUAUUUGGUCAUGUUCCAGAUAUUCAAGUCUACCAAAUUCAGUUAUCUGUGAUUUAUUAAAGUUUCUUUUACCCACUACUUUAUUUGAUAGAGAUUUUUUAAUUAGAAAAUCAUCCAAUGCAACGUUGCAAGAAUUAUUGGGUAAACACGGUAGAUUAGUUUUAAACAGUGCAACAAUAAUGAAUUUAAUUCAACUGCCUAUUCAUAGUCUGCAUGACUCAUACACAAAUAAUUUAAAAUUGCUAUAUGAAAUAUUUAAAAAGGAUGAAUCUCCACAUAGUCAAAAUAUUUUCAACCAUAUAGUUAAAUGGAUCUUUGAACAUAAUAUAGUAGAAAAUUUCGAUUUAGAUAUUGUAACACUUUCAAUACACAGUCUAUGUCAAUUUCAUAAACAAUUUUGUGAAUAUCCGCUAAUAGAAAUGAUUCAAAAAUAUACAAAACAUAAUACCGUCACAAACGAAUUAACAUAUAAUAAAUUGUUAUACUUUAUUAUUGAAUUAAAUAUAUUGGAUAACAGAAUCGAUUUCAUUAACCCAGAUUCAUUAAUGAUAGACUUUGAAUUAACAAAAACCUGUUUUUUUUCUUCUCAUAAAAACGAUAUUUUCAAGUUAUUAUCGUUUCUAAAAUAUUAUCAUUACAAACUCCUUAACAAUACUCCAAAAUUUUUCACACCGGAAAAGGUAUCAUUAUUUUAUAGAGUGAUGGAAGAUAUUACAGAAGAUAGUCCCUGGUUUGAUUCAUUUAAAUUGGUAACCAACAAUACUGUAGAAAUCCUAAGUACAAAUGACGACACCUAUUACUUCUCAAAUAAGGAUACUCUUGAUGAUUUUUGGUACAAAUAUGUUAAGUUUUUAAAGUAUAAUAAACCUUUAAUAUGUUCAUCUUUCCCGUUUUUGCCAAAAAAUAAGUUCUUAAAAUAUUUACAUGUGCACAAAGAAGUAUUAUCAUGUAACUCAAAAUCUUUAUUACUUUCAACUUUGACACAAAAUAAGAGUGCCUUUAAAAAAUUUCUUGAGGAUAAGACUUAUAUGGAUAUAAUCAUUGAAUUUUUAAAUGACCACACUAUCACAGAACAAGGUGAUGUUGGCAGAUUUACAAGAGAAAGUGCUUGUCAAUUUGUAUCUAAAUGGUAUCCUCAAUUCUGUGAGAAUGAUAUCAAAACAAGAUUGCUUCCAACCAUAUUGUAUCUUGCAGCAGAACCAUCCAAGAAUGUAAAGGACCAAUGCAUUGACAUUCUUACAAACAUUGUGAAAAAUUAUUUAUCAUUAAAACUAUUUUCUCAAUAUACAAAAUCAAAUUCUCCAAAUAUAAGAAUAUUCAACUUACAAUUAGGGCUCAACAAUAAUUCAAUAUCACGAACAUUCUGGAGACAUUAUUCUACCUAUGCUGGCGCAUUACGUUCUACGGAAGAAGAUUUGAUGGAUGGGAUCAACGAUUUUAUAAAAUGGUACGAACAAUUAACGCCAGAUACUCAAAAAAAAACACUUAAUGACAUUAUUAUAAGUAUUCCUUCUGCGCAAGAUAUUAAAAAAGACAAAUCUUUAAUCAAGUAUACGAUAUACGGUCUAAAAUUCUUGGAAAGAAUUUGGUGCUCAAGAAUUGCUUGCGGAUAUGAGGGAUUUAAUUGGCAAGGUGUCUAUGCCAAAUUAUUUAACAUUGCAUUAUUAAAACACAAACCACUGCUUGGUGCGAUACUACAAAUUCUACCGGCUCUAGCUAUCGCUUGGAAUAAUUCCAAUGUCAUUCAUAACAAUUAUACAUACAUCAAUACCUUAAUUGAAUUUUUGGUAAAAACAAUUAACAAGAACAACAAUAACAAUAUAUUAAAAACAGAACUAACCACGUUACAAAGAAACAGUAUUGAGUGUCUUGUUAGUAUAUUAUUGGAAUUCAAUGCAUUUGAACAUAUAAAAUAUAUCAAUGUUUUUAUCAAAAAUUAUAAGAAUACAGCAUUUUUAGAUAUUCAUAAGCUAUAUUUAUAA